AUGCCACCAAGAAGAGCAGCUUCUUCACAAAACAGUCAGGCUAAUGAUGAUGUACCUCCAGUUGAGGGUUUGCCUCCUGUGAGUGCAGAAGGGAUCUAUAGGUAUCUUGGGACACUAGCUGGUUUAGUUGAACGCCAAGCUCGAGCUGUUGGGACUAAUGUUCAGGGACAGUCUUCAUCUUCUAGGGGUAGCUCUUUUGAUGACUUCAAGAAAUUGGGUCCUCCUUACUUUUCUGGUGCUACAGAUCCCACAGAGGCAGAGGCUUGGAUCCUUAAGAUGGAGAAAUUCUUUGGUGUAAUAGAUUGCUCUGAGGAGCAAAAAGCCUCUUAUGCAGCUUUUAUGUUAGAUAAAGAGGCAGAUCAUUGGUGGCGUAUGACUAGGAGACUUUUGGAGGAUCAGGGACCCAUAACAUGGAGACAAUUUCGGGAGGCUUUCUACAAGAAGUAUUUCCCUGACAGUGUUAGGCGGCAGAAGGUGGGGGAGUUUAUUCGUUUGGAACAGGGGGAUAUGACUGUGGCUCAGUAUGAGGCCAAAUUUACAGAGUUAUCACGUUUUUCCCCACAGUUGAUUGCUACAGAGGAGGAAAAGGGAACACAAAGGAAGCGAAAUAGAAGUGAUGGUGCUCAUGGUAAUCAAGCACAGCGAAGGGCUACAUCAGGAAGAAAUCAGAAUAAAGGGAAGACAGCGCAGAAUUUGGAUGGGAUUUGUCCUACUUGUGGCAAGAAGCAUGGGGGUAGGCCAUGCUAUAGAGAGACUGGAGCUUGCUUUGGUUGUGGGAAGCAAGGACAUUUGAUCAGAGAUUGUCCAGAGAAUAGGAAGUUCAUCAUUGGGAAGCCUAAAGAGGAAAAUAAGGAGGAUAAACAGAAACCCAAAGCCCAAGGGCGGGUGUUUGCAAUGACUCAUCGAGAUGCUCAGGCCACUUCUGAUGUGGUGACAGGUACUCUUAGUUCGGGUGAGGAGUGAUGGCUAGGCUGAG